ACUAAACCAGACGGGAAAUACAGCCACUGCUAUUACUUAGUUGGGUAGGUGGGCUGGAUGCCCUCUCGGUGGCACCGAUGCUAGUAUUCAGCAUAUGCUACCACUACUACUAUCAUACUAGAUAUGUAUGAUGUUAUCGAAACAGCUCCCCGCGCCAAUAAUGGAAGGUGCUACAUGAUCCUUCAUUCAUACUUACAUACUACUUUUUAUUAUCUGGACCACCUGCUGGUAAUGGCGCUGCUUCUAGCCAACGGGCUCUAUACUUGACCCGCAGAAAGGUAGCAUCUGUCUUUGAAGGCUCCUUACUUGGAUGUGUCCUGAAGCCUGUGGUCAGAUGAAGAAAUGACUCUCCGUUUCUUUCCUAACCUCUUGACCUCCGGAGCCUUUUCCUUAGUCUGCGAUGGAGGCAACUUUCCUCGAUGCACAUACCUCCAUUUGGGUGUCAGAGACUCGAAUUGUCCCGUGGGGCGGGGGCAAGGUCAGCAGGGUCCAAACUUCAAGGGCGAACGGAUAUCGAAAGUUAUCAAACCUCAUAUUGUUUCCGGAGUUGAUUGAGAAGGAGGAGCAGCA